UCUUGCUCCGGAUCGAGCGAGCUCAGGGUUGUGGUGCCACAGGAGAGUUGAAGAUCUCUCUAGGAAUUUAACACUCGCUUUUAUGAUUGCCAACUCGUGCUCUGGCCAGGAUUCCCCCUCUAAUCCAAUCUCUUGCCAGGCCUCCCUGUUCUUUUAGUGGUGACAGACCAUCUGCCUUCUCUUGUUUCUCUUGUGUUCUGGGGACCCCUUCUCUGCCCUUUAGGAAAGUCGGUCACCGGUGGCACCCCUCGGUUUUUUUGUUUGUUGUGUUUGUUUUUGUUUUUAGACGAGAUAUCACCACGUUGCCCUGGAUGGCCCGGAACUCGCUAUGUAAAUCAGGCCAGGCUAAUUAGGAAUUUGCAGAAAUUCAGCCGUCUCUACCUCCUGAGUGCUGGGAUUAAAGGCGUGUGCCACCAUGCCUGGUAUUACCUCUGGGGCGUGCAGCCUGUCUGUACACAACCCCCCGCCCCCCAUACGUUUAUUAGCUUGGUUCGCUCCAUCAGCUCAGGAAUGCCGAGGUGGUCUCCUGGCUUCCUGUUUCUGCCUGUGCCUGUAAACUCCUCACAACAGCAAACCCUCCUAGGAUUAGAUGACAGGACAGAGUGGCUCUGCGCCCCAUUCUGAGUAAAUGCUGGGCAGAAGGUGGUGGUCACUCUCAGGAGACAGAUGCCAGGUAGACGCUACCGAUUUCAGGGAUACUUGGCGUCUGAAAGGUGCCCUGCAAGACUCUUCAAUGGCUCAACUGGAGGUCGAACCUGGAGGCACCUCCGAGCCGGAUGAUUCUCAGGCUUGCUGGGCAGGGCUUGAGGAAAUGAAGCGUGUGGAUAUCUCGGGCGACCCACUUCUCUUCCCGCGAUGCCCGCCCCCACGUGCUCCUCCUGCCACGCGGCCCGCGCUGCCCUCCGCCGCCCGCGCUCGGGGCAGGCGCUGUGCGGCUCCUGCUUCUGUGCGGCCUUUGAGGCCGAAGUGCUGCAUACGGUGCUCGCAGGGCGCCUGCUGCCCCCAGGUGCAGUGGUGGCUGUGGGCGCUUCGGGCGGCAAGGACUCCACAGUACUGGCACACGUGCUGCGCGAGCUUGCGCCACGCCUGGGUAUCACGCUACACCUGGUGGCCGUGGACGAGGGCAUCGGCGGCUACCGUGACGCCGCGCUGGAGGCCGUGAGCAGCCAGGCUGCGCGCUGGGAGCUGCCGCUCACCAUCGUGGCCUAUGCAGACCUGUUCGGGGGCUGGACGAUGGACGCCGUGGCCCGCAGCACCGCCGGUUCUGGCCGCAGCCGCUCCUGCUGCACCUUCUGCGGGGUGCUGCGGCGGCGCGCACUGGAGGAGGGCGCGCGCCUCGUGGGAGCUACACACAUCGUGACCGGCCACAACGCCGACGAUAUGGCGGAGACAGUGCUCAUGAAUUUCCUGCGCGGUGAUGCGGGGCGGCUGGCGCGGGGCGGAGGGCUGGGCUCUGCGGGCGAGGGGUGCGCUCUCCCGCGGUGCCGGCCGCUGCAGUUCGCCUCGCAGAAGGAGGUGGUGCUGUACGCGCACUUCCGCCGCCUGCGCUACUUUUCAGAGGAGUGCGUGUACGCGCCCGAGGCUUUCCGUGGCCACGCUCGCGACCUGCUCAAGCGCCUGGAGGCAGCGCGGCCAUCGGCAGUGCUGGACCUCGUGCACUCGGCGGAGCGCCUGGCUCUUGCCCCGGCCGCUCGGCCCCCUCCUCCAGGCACCUGUUCCCGCUGCGGGGCGCUGGCCAGUCACACGCUCUGCCAGGCCUGUGCGCUCCUGGAUGGCCUCAACCGAGGCUUACCACGCCUGGCCAUCGGCAAGGGCCGCCGCGUGUUGCAAGCCAAGCCUCCACUGGCCGGGAACCCAAGCCAGGCCAUCGGUGACCCUGUGGCCUUACAGGGACCGUGCACCUGUGAGCAAUCCAGAGAUGGAGCCAGCCCGUGCAGGGACGGAGGGGACUGUGCAGGAGCCACCUGUGUCGUGCCAAGUGACCUUAGCGCCACGGAGUAACCUGAACCCUGCACUCUUCAAUGCUCUGUGCCCUCGGAAGUGACUGCACCCUGUGCCUGUGAAGUGAUCUGUGCACUGUGAAAUGAUUGCUCUGCCAUGCCCUGUCCUUCCAGAGCUACCUGUGUCUAUGGGACCUGAGCCCAGUGGAGUGACGGUGCCCCGUGGAGGUACCCUGCCUUAACCUCUCCAAUCUGCCAUUUCUUCCUGUGAAAAUAGGACUGUCUUGCCUUCACCCCAUCACAUCUCUGCAGAGAUGAGACUCCAGUGGUCAAAUUAGUUGGCCAUCCAUAUUCAGCUCGGCGCUGCAUCGUAAGGGCUGGCCACCAGGGGGCUCCAGGCUCCUGGGUGCUGCCUGGCCAUAUAGGGAAUUGAGAGUCUGAGGAGACGUGCUGGGUGGUGUCAGUCCCACCUCCAGGGGUGACUCGGCUCCUCGAAAGCUAGCUUUCUUCUGCACUAACUGUCCCUGAUCCUCCCCAAACCUUGGAGAAGGUGCUUCUUAGCCUCUGUAGUCCUGUCCUCAUGGAAGUGACCGGUGGACUUCUUGAACUCCAUAGGUACCCAUUUUCCUAAUUAAGUUAGGUCUGAAAGACCAAGAUGGAUGGCCUCCUUCAGGUUCUGCUGGGGUUAUUCUUUCAGCAAAUAUUGGACAUUUCUUGUCUGGUCCUCUAGGUGCCAGAACGCUGCAGUGAGCAGGGGCAGGAGCCUCUCCCUACAGGCAUUUACAGCCUGGGAGAAAAGGACAGUAUGCUAAUAAAUACCGGGUGGUUGUGACUGUCA